AUAAAUAUUCCCAAAAUUCCAAAAAAACAAGAAAAAAAAAAAUAAAGGAAAAAAAACCCCAAGGCCAAGAGCUCCACUUCCAUUUUCGUCGUCGUCCUCCUCAUCCACCAUUAGCACCAUCGCCGAGACCUCCUUUAGCCAAUAAACAUAAAGCAGAACAAACUGCAUGUCCAUGACUCUCAUGUUUCGGAAAUGACCCGAACCCGGUUCUUCCGGAGCCGGACUACCGAAUCCGACGAGGACACUGUGCCAACCACCACACGCAGUGGUGGAGGAGGAACUGCCAUGAGAAUUAUAGUACCGUUACAAGGCGUGGUUCAAGGCAGAGGUGGCCUUUUCUUCGGCUCAGUGAUACCUUGUGCUCUUUUCUACUUCUUUCAGCUCUAUUUAAAACGCAACCGUAAUGACCAGGCUGACUCAGAUGAUUCUAAUUCCCAGAAUCAAUCGGCACCAUCUCGGUCGGGGUCGGAAGGGCAGCUGACGGAACUUUCUGGGUUUUCUCGGUCUACUUCUCGGAAUCUCAUCUCGCCCAAAAGUCCAAGCGGAAAGGCUUAUGUGUCAAGUAGGGCCAUUGGGGUAGUGAGGUGUGGGGAUUCGCCUGACUAUGUUGGAUUGAGGAAGGUCAUGGAGGACCCGUAUGAAGAGACGGGUAACCCGAACGGGGUUAUUCAACUCGGUCUGGCCGAGAACAAGUUAACAUUGGAUUUGGUGGAAGAGUGGCUUGUCGAGAAUGCAAGGGCAGCAAUAUUGGGUGGUGGAGGAGAGGAGUUGAAUGUUAGUGGGAUUGCUACUUACCAGCCUGCUGAUGGAUUACCCGAGUUAAAAAUGGCUGUGGCAGGAUUUAUGUCUAAAAUCUUGGAAAAUGCAGUUUCCUUCAAUCCCUCACAGAUAGUGUUGACAGCAGGUGUGACUCCUGCAAUUGAGAUGCUCAUCUUCUGUCUAGCAGAUGCUGGAAAUGCAUUUCUUGUUCCAACACCAUAUUACCCAGGGUUUGAUAGGGAUGUAAAAUGGCGAACCGGGGUGGAGAUAAUACCUGUUCCCUGUCGUAGUACUGACAACUUCAGUUUAAGUAUAACAGCACUUGAUCGAGCAUUCAACCAAGCAAAGAAACGUGGCCUCAAAGUUCGUGGGAUGAUAAUUUCAAACCCAUCAAAUCCUGUGGGCAAUCUGCUUAACAGGGAAACACUUUAUAGCCUUCUGAACUUUGCCAGGGAGAAGAACAUCCAUAUAGUGUCUAAUGAAAUAUAUGCUAGAUCCACUCAUGGAUGUGAAGAGUUUGUUAGCAUGGCAGAACUCAUUGAUUUAGAAGAUUCAGACCAGGACAGAGUGCAUAUAGUAUAUGGUCUAUCAAAAGAUCUGUCUCUGCCAGGUUUCAGGGUGGGCGUUAUUUACUCCUCCAAUGAGAAUGUGUUGGCUGCUGCUAAGAAGUUAACAAGGUUCUCAUCCAUUUCAGCUCCUACCCAGCGUCUACUUAUCUCCAUGCUGUCGGAUAUGAAAUUUGUUCAAAAUUUCAUUCAGGUUAAUAGGGAGAGGCUGCAAAAGAUGCAUGUUAAAUUUGCAUUGGGAUUGAAGCAACUGGGCAUAAAGUGCACAAAAGGCAAUGGAGGUUUCUACUGUUGGGCUGAUAUGAGUGGGUUAAUAAGCUCUUACAGUGAGAAGGGGGAGCUUGAGCUAUGGGAAAAAUUGUUGAAUACAGCUAGGCUCAAUGCAACUCCUGGUUCUUCUUGUCAUUGUAUUGAACCUGGAUGGUUCAGAUUCUGUUUUGCCACAUUGUCUGAAAGAGACAUACCUGUAGUUAUGGACAGAAUUCAGAAAAUUGCUGAAACAUGUAAAUUUGGCAGUUGAAUUGUUGAGUUCAUUUGACAGUUAAAUUGCACAUAGAUUUUUUUGGGUGUA